AUGUCUGUGCUAACUCUUUCUAAUGCGCGCGUGGCGAAUAUUUUGUCCGCGUGGAAAAAGGCUCAAAACGCGUCGGGGGGAUGUACAGUGAUGUGCUGUCUUUUUGGUGCAUUAACUCCAAACACACUCGAAAAUCAGCGAGGACAAGCAAUUGUACAAAGCCUUUUCAGUUCACCAAUACCCAUCUGUAACGUUGCCGUAUUGUUUUCUUUUGAUAAGAUGUGUGUGGUUCACGACGGAGUCUCCAUUGAAUUACCGUCAAAUACCGAGAGCUACACGUAUACGGCCAUUCGGUUUGAUGAUAGUUCUGCUGAGUUGCUUUCAUCAUUCCUUGCAGGUGCAACUGUUGGGAUGUGCCAAAAAGAGUUGGCCAUACAGGAGGGUGAGUUUGCAACUAAAAUAAUUACACUAAUGAACACUCUCAUUCCUGCUGAGCGAAGGGUUGAAGUGGCACCACUUCUUGGUGAGUUCCUCUUUGUAAAGGAUGAAGCUGCACUUUCGUGUGUAGAAAAGGCGGCAGGACUUUGUAAUGCUGUAUUCCGACGUUUUGUGCGUGGUUUAAUAGAAGAAGAGAUCCAAAAAACAAACCCUAAAUCAUUAAGUUCUUUAAGAGAAGAAUUAAGUCAAAAACUUGAAAUGCCAAACACCGUUAAAGGUCUUGAAACUCUUGAUACAUCACAGUUUUCAAUCGCUUCUGGUUUAACUCCGUGUAUUAUGCAUCGUGGAACGUACAGCUCCCAAAUUCAAACAACUGAGGUGAGUACACAACCACUUCGUGGAGAUGUAAUCGUUGUACGGUAUGGUGUGAAGAACUGUGGUUAUACUGCAUUCAUCGCUCGUACUCUUAUUGUGGAGACUAAUGCUCCUGAAAAAGCGAAAGAGGCUUAUCAAUUUGUUUAUUCCGUAAGUGAGAAGGUGAUUGAGUUUCUCCGAGUGGGUAUAAAACUAAGUGAAGUGUACGAGAAAACUUUAAGCUACGCCAAGUCAAUUAAUGAAGGACUAGCCAAGCAUCUUUCAACCUCUCUGGGUUUCUCCACUGGCCUUUUGGUGCUUGAAGCACGAGGAUCAAUAUCUGAAAAAGGGACGGCUAUUAUUGCAGAUGGAAUGGCCUUUGUUGUUCGUAUAACACUUGAAGGAGUGGAUGAUGGCACAGGUGAAACAUUUGAUUUGGAAUUAUCUGAUACUGUUACUGUUAAAGAAGGUGCUGCUCAAAUUAAUACAAAAACAUCACGUAAAUUGGAGGAAAUUCUCUAUGAUGGGGGUGCUGAGGAGGAAGCCUUUAACCCUAUUAAACGUGAUCUUCAAAAAAUCACUCGUCAAGGACAGAGCAGUAUUCCUCUCUUAUCAAGAGAAUCAGCACGUGAUGAAAAAUUAAAGUCUCUUCUUAGGGAAUUACAUGCCGAGUUAAUCGCCGCUGGAGGGAAAAAAGCUACAACAGCAGUUACAGAGGAAUUACGGGUGUAUGAAAUUGGAAGAGUUUCAUAUGGUGACAUUAUUCCUUACCCUAAAGAGAGUUCUUUCCCACCACAAGCUAAAAAUGGUAUUUAUGUACAUGUUGAAAAAGAAGUUGUCUUUUUUCCUAUAUGCGGAUCUGUGGCAGCGUUUCAUGCUUCAACUAUUAAUAAAAUUGAUGUGAAACCAGAGGGUGAUUACGUUACUUGUACCGUUACAUUUCAUUCCUUACAAGAAGCAAACAUCGCCUACCGCCUUAAUCGAACAAAAAUUUUUGUUAAAGAAUUAAGCUACCGUGCUCCACGAGAUGUCUUUACAGAGGUUAAAAUUGCCAUUCAAGGUAUUCAUCAGAGAAUAAAAAAUAGAGACACAGAACGACGAAGGGCCUCUGCAAGUGCAGGAACUGCUAAACUUAACAUAACACCUAAUCCACUUCGACUUCCUCAAGUCAAGAUUCGUCCCACAGCAACAACUGGACGACAAAAUAAAGAUUGUAUUGGUAACCUUGAACUUCAUCAAAAUGGACUUCGAUUUUCCUACAUUGGUGGUCCACCAGUAGAUUUACUAUUUGAUAACGUAAAACAUAUUAUUUUUCAACCUGCGGUGAAUUCUAUUCGAGUUAUUUAUCAUAUUACAUUAAAAAAAGGAGUGGAAAUUGCACGUAAAAGUGUAGACGAAGUUCAAUUUGUCGCCGAUGUUAUGGAGAGUAGUGAAGGUGUUACAGGAACGCGAAAAUCUUAUGAAGAAGAAAUUGCUGCAGAAGAACGUGAACAAAUGCGUAUCAGUGAAACAAACAAACAAUUUAUGCGUUUUGCCCAAGCAGUAGAAAAGAUGGGUAAUAUAAAGACACAAAUACCAGUAAGCAAUUUUUCAUUUGAUGGAGUUCACGCUAAAGGUCUGACGACGUUUAAAGCAAACCGUGAAGUUCUUUGGGCCAUCUCUGACAGACCUCCCUUUACACAGCGUGUGGCUGAUAUUGAAGUGGUUUCCCUUGAGCGUGUUAUCCCUGGUGGAUCUACCUUUGACAUGUCACUUAUUUUCAAGGACUACAAUAAGCCUGCUGUGACUAUUACGACAAUCCCGCGGAGCAGCCUGGAGGCGAUCAAAGACUGGUGCCUUGCGGCGCGUCUGUACUACAUGGAGACAACAGUGAACCCCAACUGGAAGGUUGUGAUGAAGACGAUACUUGAGGACCCGGAGUGGGACCCGUGGCGGCCCGGCGCCGGCUGGGCGGUUCUCAACAACGACGGCGACGAGGAGGACGAGGACGAGGAGGAAAGCGAGUCGGACGACUCAACAUACAUCGAGGAGGAGGACACCGAAGACUCGGAUGAGACCGGCAGUUCGUUUCUCGAGGACGACGAGAGUGAGCCCGACAGCAGCGACGAAGAAGACGACGAAAGUGCUCUCAGUUGGGACGAGAUGGAAAGACGCGCGGAGGCACACGAUCGCAAGCGUGGAUACGCCUCAGACGAUGAGGAUCGCAACAAUGGCAGACCGGCAAAGAGGCCGCGCGUGGCGAACACCGCAAGGGCCGCACCGCUGCCCACAAGGGGAAAAGCACCUCGUAUGCCAAAUACAGGAGCAGCAGUUCCACCACCACGCAGGUUCUAA